GCAUGAAAGAUCCCAUUUUCCCUUCUCUCUUCGAAAUCUAGGGUUUCUCCGUCUGUGAGGCGAUUUCGUGUCGGGGUCCAGAGCCGGAGAUUUUCUCGAUCAAUUCGUCGUCGGAGUCACUCGUAAACGCUCUCAGGUGAGUCUCAAUCACUCCGAGGACGAGAUAGCUUCGAUUUGAUCUCGGGAGGUUUCUAGGUUAAGGAAGUCGAUUUUGGGAUUUCGUCUUAGAGUGGGAAAUCGAGAAGGGGGUUUCGAUUUCUUGGUCAAAAUCGACAUACAGUUUCUUUUUAGGGUUCGUUUAUCAUGGAUUUCAUUUCGAUUUGGGGGUUUCGUGUAAGGGUUCGAAAUGUAAAAGGGGGUUUUAAUUUAGGACAUGCAUAUAACCGGACUUGGCUCUUUUAGAAUUGUUCUGUGGUCUUGUGUGGUCUAUAGUAGUUUGAUGCGAUUUUUUAAAAUUGGAACUCGAUUAAUACAUGUAAUUGGAACUCGAUUGUUGCAGAUGGAAACUCCCCGAAAACCUCAUUUCUUCAAGCCUCUUCUUCCUGGUUUUCAAAGUGGCGUCGCAAUACCACUUGACUUCUACUCAAAACACAUACAAGGGGCUGAGAUCAAUAAACCAUGGAAGCUAAGAUCGGACGCUUCGGAUCAAAUUUGGGAGGUGAUCCGAGAAGGCAGGACACUCACCAAAGGUUGGAAAGAGUUCACCGAAGCACAUGAUCUUCGAAUCGGUGACAUUGUCAUCUUCAAACACGAAGGAGACAUGGUCUUUCAUGUGACUCCUUUUGGUCCUAGCUGUUGUGAGAUUUUGUGGUCCGACGCGGAUGAUGCUCCUACUUUCUCAUACGACUACUGCUUCUUGGCUGAGGUUACUCCUACAAAUCAAAAGGACGACAAAAUGGUGAGUAAAAUUUAGUUAUUUAUUGUGUGAUUCUAGUACUGCUUCUUGGCUGAUGUUAUGUAUGUGUUUGUAGUUUCUUCCUGUGGAAGCUAUGAGGUGUGGUGCUUUGAACCAACAAUGCAAAGAGGUCAAACUUGUCAACAAGGAGGGAAAGUCAUGGACUGCGCGCUUCGGAUUUAGCGAAUCAGACGGCGCAUAUUACAUCAGCAGAGGGUGGAGAAAGUUCUGUCGUGAUAACAGAUGCACCAACGGAGAUUUGUUUGUGUUCAACGUGGUUGGAGACGGGACGACAACUCCAUUACUGUGUGUAUGUCCGGAAAGGAAGGAGUGUACUGAACUACUGAUCAAGCACUUCAGCAGAAUCGAUGGUAAGUCUUCUCAUUUGACUUGUUUGUGUUGUCUAUAUCUUCAAUGUUACUACUUUGCUUCUGCUUUAACUUGUGUUCUCUUCUUCUACAGGUAGCAUUGCUUCUACCUCACGAAAUUAGAUGGCUCUUUUGCGGUCUUUCCUCUCUAUCAUCUUAACUUGUUUCUUUUUGUUUCAUUAGCAACUUAUCAACUUAUGUAUUUCGGUUUGUAAAACUUGAAUGGUUUUUCUAUGUGAACUUUUAUCCUAAGUUAAACAUUCUCGAACUUAAUUCCUUUGUUGAAUGCGUAGACUGAUCAUCGAACAAAAUGUUUCUAUGAAUUGAAUUUAAGUUAAGAAACAACAUAAAAUUUUAAAACAUAGCUUUUAUACAUUUGAAAACACAAACCAAAACUUAAACUCCAAAACUAAAACAUAGGUUGAAUAAAAUGUUUUCAUAAAUUUUAUAAUAUAUUUUAAUAUUUUAUUCAUGUAUUCUGAAUAAUUUUAAAUUUAAAAAAAAAUAAAAAAAUAUUAUUAUUUUAUUCCUAUGAACUCGUUCUUCGGAUUCACUAAUGCAAAAAACUACAAAUUCGGGUUCAUAACUGUUCAUGGACCCACAAAAAAAUAUUAAAAAAAUUUGGUAAACCCCAAAGUGGGGUUCACCAAUGCUCAUGCUCUAAUGAGCCCAUUUAACCUAAUGAGGCAAACGUAUGAUUGCCAUAUGCCACAUAUUACGUACCUCCGGAUGAGACCAAAUUGUUCAUUCUCUUCCUCUCUCCACAUUUUCAUUUUAUUAACACUAAAUCUGAAAAAGUACGAGUUACUCAAAACUAUAAUCAAUAGAUUCAAUACUAUAGUUAUUAAUUUACCAAAUUUUUUUUUUAGAUUUCUCUAUUCAAAAUGUAUCUUUUAUAAGAAAAUUAGUUGAUUUUACCGGAUAUACAUUAAUCAAAUUUUAGAAUUUGGCUUUCAUAUUAUUUUUAUUAUAGUAUUUCUUGUAUAUAAAAUAUGUUUCAUAGAAUUUAAAUGUGGUUUUAGAUAUAAUUUUACUAAAUAUCAUCAAAAUAUAUUGAAGUGACUUGAAAAUAUAUAGAUAAUUAUGUUGUGAAUAUGAACAAACAAUAUAAUGUUUUGUUUAUACUUAUAUAAAUUAUAUAUAAUAAAAUAUUAAUUUGUAAUUUUAAUGAACCUUAUAUUUAUAUGGGAUUUUUCUUAAAAAAUAUUAACUUAUUAUUUAUCGAUUUGUCUCAUAUUUUAAACUCGUCCAACUCAAAACCAAAAAAUAUUAAUUUAUCAUGUUUAUUAAUUUACCAAAUAUUAUUUUUUAUAAUUUUUAUGUAUAACUAAAGAAAACUAUAGCUAUCGUUUUAGUGUUUGAGGGUGUCAGCCUAGUCUUUGGUUUUCUAGGGAUGUCUGACACUAAACUUAUAUCCGAACCAAUAAAUCAAAAUAAGAAACAACAGAGGUGCUUUUGUUUUGAUAUAAACAAAAAAAAAUAACAAGAAUUAGAAAGAGUUCCAACUUGGGACAAAUAUUUAUAAAGGGCUCAAUAGUUAUAACUUCUUUCUUUUUAGAAAAAAAAAAUAAUAAUAAACGAACCUAAGCAACUAGGCAACUAGCUAUCUUCAUCGUAAGUAAACUCAUUUGGAAGAGAGGGUCAAAACGUUUCCUAGUUCUUUUUUUAAACGUUUCCUAGUUCGUGUAAAAGAAAAGCACUACGUCACUACAGAAAUCUAAUACAUGCAAUUAGAUCAUGCCACGUACAUAGAUAAGGUGACAUGUUGUAUGUUUUUAACAUACAAAGCCGAAAAUGUUUUUACAAGUGGGUGGUUUAUGAUUUUUACUAAAAAGUAGUAUUUCCAUUCUCCUGCAGAAUUAAUCUAACUUGAAUUUUGUGUUCUUUAGAAAUUCACGAAAUUAUCUUCCAACGACAUACAUUUUGUUUCAAACCAUACUCUUACAUUUUUCACUAACACUAAGUUUUACUUUUCACCUUUUUUUUCGCCGACUUAUGGAGGAUUUUUUUUUCACAAACCAAUUAACAAAGAGCCUCCAUUAAUUCGACAAGUACUAGUAUAUAACUUUGACAAACCCUAACGGAUCUUUUCUCUUUUCUUCUCGUGACUCUCCCAAUCCAAUCGGCCACUCUCUCUCUCUCUCUUGUCUCUAAUCUUUAGAUGUUCAUUGGUUUUCUUUCUUUCUUUCGUUCUUCUAGGUGUUGAAUGAACAUCUCUCUUUAUCUUUUUUUUUUUUCCUUUCUAGUAUACAAAAUCUUUCUAUUUUCUCCUUAAAGUGUUGACCUUUUGGCUAUAUUUAGUAAACAAAGAUUUUGUCAGAGGGUUUAGGGUUUAGCAUCAUCAUCAUCAACCCUACAGAAAACACACAAAACAAACAAAUCCAGUUUCGCUUCCCAAAGCUCCCUAUUAUAAUAACUCUUCUAUAAAAGGAAACCUUAAAAAGCUUCCCUCUCUCUUACGCACGAACAGUAGAGUUCGUACGAUUCUCAGAACUUUUCUGAAUCGAAAGUUUUUUCUCUUUUUUUUUUUUUUUUCAUUUUAAGUUAACUAAAAUUUAAUCUCAUCCUCAAAUCCAACAGUUAUCAAGCUGAUAAGUUAGAGUCCUCUGUUUCUCUUUCUCAUCGGCAGAGACAUGUCAUCUUGUCUAAGUGGCGGCGGCGCGUAUACCUUCGAGUUGGAAAUGAUGAAGUCUCCGCCGUCGAGAACCACCGCCUCAUCCUCACACAACACUCAUUCACCGUCAUCUACAAUCUCCGAGUCAAACUCUCCUCCACUCGCAAUCUCCACAAGAAGGCCAAGGACUCAACGGAAAAGACCGAACCAGACUUACGACGAAGCGGCUGCUCUUCUCUCAACCGCUUACCCAAACAUCUUCUCAUCCAAGAGAAAAUCUCCGUUGAGUCCUCUGUUUCUCAGCGACUACGACGAAGCUUCUCAGUUACUUCUACCGUUUGCGUCAACCGAGGAGCCAGGUUUCUUGUUCAGUCCCACUACACAGACAAAACAAGAUCAGUUCUUGGAGCACUAUGAAGUCAGUUUGGUGAAUCGGUUUGGAAUAUUAGAAGAUUUUGAUGCUGAGUCGAUUUUAGAUGAAGAGAUUGAAGAAGGGAUUAACAGUUUCAUGGGGAGCAUUGAAUCCAACGACGGAGAAUCUGGUUUUGCCGGUAUCGACCCGUUAGGGGAAAUGACGAUGCUUCCUUGGCACGGAAGCUCCCUGGGGUUGAGGAACUCUCUCCGGGAAUGCGACGAUGCGAGCUUGUGGAUGUUUCCCACCGUGGAACUCGAACAUAUCUCGCCGAGAAUUCAGACCACUAUAACCACUGCAGCAGCUGAUGACGGUAAACCCGUCGACGUGAGUAGUAGCAAGAGUAAGACGGUGGCGAGAGAAGAGAAAAAGAAGAAGAAAAAGAAAGUUGCUGCUGCUGCGGCGGCGGAUUUAAAGACAGAACAGAGAGUGAGUCCGUUUUUGAAGCUCGACUACGACAGGGUUUUAGAAGCUUGGUCGGAUAAGGAGUCGCCCUUCUCCGAUGAGAUUCUUGGCUCGGAAGCUGCCGGAAGCGACAUCCAUGCAAGGUUGGCUGAGAUAGAUUUGUUUGGAGAAAGCGGAAUGAGAGAAGCUAUUGUGUUGCGGUAUAAAGAGAAACGGAGGAACCGGCUCUUCUCCAAUUCCAAAAGAAUCCGAUAUCAAGUCCGCAAACUCAAUGCUGAUCAAAGACCUCGUAUGAAGGGACGAUUUGUGAGAAACUCCAACAUAAGGAACUUGGGUGGGUUACGGUUAUAAGAAGAAGUGUCGAAAGUACUUAAGCCCUUUUAUUCCUCUCUUUUUUUUGUUGGAUACUUUUGGUUUCGCCUUCUCCAUCUUUGUUCUUAUCUUUACUGACUCCUCUUGUUUUUUUGGUCCUAAGGGAAUGGGGAAGAUAGAUUAGUUGAUUCGAGAAAGUAAAAAAUCAGAAUGAAUAAAACUUCUUUUGUCU